AUGGCGCCGCAGGUUCCGAUCCCCUUUAGUGUCUUCCCGUCUGCGUAUCGGAACGCGGCCAGCCAGGAGACCACCAGCACUAAGGUAGAAGGCGAAGUCAAGCUACCUGAGCCUCAAGCACACGGACGGGAAGGUCACGAAGAGACGCACGAAUCCUUCUCUGCCACCGUCCACCAGCAGCAGCAGCAGCAGCCCGUUCGCGAGACUCACGUCAAGGAAGAGGUCCGCAUCUACGAGGAAGAGCGCCGCCGCCCUCAGCAGCAGCCCGUUCGCGAAGAAGUCCACGUCCACGAGGAGACUCGCUACCGCCCCCAGCAGCCGCCUGUCCGCGAAGAAGUCCACAUCCACGAGGAGACUCGCUACCGCCAGCCCGAGCGCACGCAAUCUCAAUCUCAUUUCGAGCGCCAGUCCCAGCACGAGUCUCGCCAAUUUGACCGCUUCCCGCCCCAACCUUCUCACUCCCACACCCACAUCGACAUCAAGGACCGCACCUACGACAGUCACUUCAACACUGUCCACGGCCCUGCCACCGACUACGCACCUACUCAGAUUGACGUUUCCGAGCGUCAAUUCCGUGAGCGCACCAGCCCCAUCGUCGAGGACUCUCGCUCAGGUUACACCCGCGAGACCUUCACUGCCAAGCACCAGGACAACGUCGACCAGCGUUACCCUGAGGUUCGAGUAGAGACUUCUGCUCGUUCCACCGCCGAGCCCUCCAAGCACCACCGCCUGUCCAUGGGAUAUUACGACAACGAAGGUCAAUACCACUCGUUCCGUGACGCCGCCCACAACGCCGCACACAAGGUCGCCCACAAGGUCGCUGAGCGUGUAGCCCACCCCAUCCAUCCCCACCGUCACCACCACCACCACUCCGAAUCCCACGCCGCCGGAAAGUACUCCGACGUCAAGGAAGAGAUCGUCGUAAAGGAGAAGAUCACCACCAGUGCUGCUCCUUCCCACGUCUCCUCUAUCCCUGCUCCCGCUCCCUCGCGUGUAGCAGCCUCCCACGUCUCUGCCGCCCCCGCUCCUCUUCCCAGCCGCCCCGUCUCGUACGGAGCUCCUGUCCAGAGGUCUCGUGCUUCAGCCACCCCUUACAUUCCUACACCUUACGUUCCCGCCGCUCCCGCGACAGCACGUAAGAUGGCUUCCGCCAGCACCAUCACUAUCCCAUGCCACCACAUCCGCAUUGGCGAUCUCCUGAUCCUCCAGGGCCGCCCUUGUCAGGUCAUCCGCAUCACCACCUCGUCGCAGACUGGCCAGCACCGUUACCUCGGUGUUGACCUCUUCACCAAGCAGCUCCACGAGGAGUCCUCCUUCAUCUCCAACCCCGCUCCCUCGGUUGUUGUCCAGAAUAUGCUUGGCCCUGUCUUCAAGCAGUACCGCGUUCUCGACAUCCGCGAAGACGGCCGCGUUGUUGCCAUGACCGAGUCUGGUGACGUCAAGCAGGGUCUUCCCGUCCUUGACCAGAGCGGUCUUGGUUCGCGCCUUGCCGAGUCCUUCGACAACGGCCGUGGCUCCGUCCGCAUCCUCGUCAUCAACGACGAUGGCCUUGAGAUGGCUGUCGACUACAAGGUGGUCCACGGCUCCAGGCUGUAA